UUCUAGGUUGGUUAUAUAUUAAAUAUGUAUAUGUGCGAUGAUGGGUGUAUCGUAUACCUGAUACAUGAUACACACGACAUACGGUAAUAUAUAGCAUCUAUUACGGUAGCACAGAACCGUUGAGUUUGGGUCAUCUCAACACAUUCACUGGCUUGGGACAGGCGGUUUGGAAUUUACUUCUGAAUUUCUCGGGGGCUGGGUGUGCAGAAUCUCUUAUCAAGGCUUCGCGAGGAUCAUUAAAAAGACAAUCCGAGUCAGAGGAGAAUGAGAAUCUGAAAAGGUUUAUUCGCCCACGCUGAAUCUCUGGGAAGAUACAGUCAGGUUUGCUCUCCAGGAGCUCCGCAUAAAACAAAAGACUUGCGGAGUCUUGUGAGGGGCGAGCAGUUAUUCACGGGUGUGCAUGCCCGGAACGAGGCUCCACACCUGGCGGGAGCCCUGCGCAGCCCCGGAGCCCGGACAGCGACUCCAGCCCGGCCGGUCGCUGGGGGCAGGGGAGGAGGCGCAGGUCCCCGCCCGCCCCGUCGGUCCCGCCCCGGAGACCUCUUAAAGCGCGGCUGGUCGGGCCGGGCGGAGCGGAGACGCGCGCGGGAGCCCGGAGCCCCAGAUCCGCGGCCCACACUGCACCCCGGCCCGGCAUGCGCCCCCGCUAGCCCGGCAUGCUGCGCCCGCUGCUGCUCGCCGCGCUCUGCCUGGCCGGCCGCCCCGCGCGCGCCUGCCUGCUGCCCUCCGACUGGAGGCCCCUGAGCGAGGGCUGCCGCGCGGAGCUGGCCGAGACCAUCGUGUACGCGCGCGUGCUGGCGCUGCACCCCGAGGCGCCCGGCCUCUACAACCACCUGCCCUGGCAGCACCAGGCCGGCCAGCGCGCGCUGCUCUACUCGGCCGAGGUGGAGAUGCUGUGCGACCAGGCGUGGGGCGGCAUGCUGGAGGUGCCCGCCGGCUCUCGGCUCAACCUCUCCGGCCUGGGUUACUUCUCCUGCCACUCGCACAGUGUGGUGCAGGGCUACUCCUACUUCUUCUUCCUCAGGAUGGAUGAAAACUAUAACCUCUUGCCUCAUGGAGUUAACUUCCAAGAUGCCAUCUUUCCGGAUACACAAGAGAACAGAAGGAUGUUUUCCAGUCUCUUCCAGUUUGCCAACUGUUCCCAAGGACAGCAGCUUGUGACUUUCUCCAGUGACUGGGAGAUCCAGGAAGACAACAGGCUCCUGUGCUCCUCCGUGCAGAAGGCCCUGUUCGAGGAGGAGGACCACGUCAAGAAACUGCAGCAGCAGGUGGCGGCCCUGGAGAAGCGGAACAAGCAGCUGCGCGAGCGUCUGAAAAAAGUCAAGCGGUCGCUGCGGCAGGCCCGGAAGCACGGGCGCCGCCUGGAACUGGACAACCGGAAGCUGAGCGAGAAGCUGGCCGCGCCGGGCGCGCUCCCGCACAUCAACGCCCUGGGGCGCGAGGCCGCGCGCGCCCCCUACCUGCGUGGGUAGUGGGUGCAGGGGCGGCUGGGCCCGCGCCAGGCCGGGGCUCCGGGAAGGACGGCUUCCCUUCGCAUACUCGUUUCCCACCUUGUAGACGAUCUCUAUUCUGCAGUGUCUAACCGCAUAGAAUGGCAGUCUUGCUUUCUCCUCGGGUGCUGCCUCCUCCUGGCCUGGGCCCUGGCCUAGUCCAGGGACAGCGGGACGCUCGAGGGCUGUGUGCUUGCCCAGGGCCUGGCCUCAGCUUCCGGGAGCCGCCCAGGAAGUGCCCGGCUGGGGAGCACUGAAGUGCUCGGGCAGCAAGGGGCUCCGCCCUGGCUUCUCACCGGAGUCACUGUGGCUCCAGCUCCGAGGCAGGUUAGGCCUCAGUGAGCUCGUCACACAGGUAGGGUGUGGAUCGAUCCCGAGCCCGAGCCCGAGCCCGAGCCUGAGCGGGACAGCGGGCAAUUAAACAAGAUGAAUCGCACCUGGUUUCCGACCUCAGCUCCCAAGGUUUCCCAAUCAAGGGAGCCAUAGGUCGCUGGAGUCCAGAGGGCAGUUGCUUCUAUGAGGCCGCUGCACUUCACCAAGCUGUCUUUCUGAAUCGGGAUUUAGCUCAGCCACUGCUAAAUUUUAAAACCCAACACACGGUUUGGGUUCCGCAAAGCGCCUCACUAGCUAUGGGGUCAGAUGACCUCACCUCAUCUCCUUUCAGGCUCCCAAAGGGCUUUCUCCAGAGGUUUCACUCUCGUUUUAGUUGGUUUUUUUUUUUUUUUUUUUUUUUGGUACUGGGGAUCGAACUCAGGUCCUUGCGCUUGCAAGGCAGGCGGCGGAACCACUGAGCUAAAUCCCCAGUCCCUGAACCUCCUCUUCUUUAUACUGUCCUCCUUCCUGGCCACAGCCGGACAGUCCUGGCCACAUCAGCAGCACUCCUGCCGUGGCAGAUCCGUGUGCAAUCAGCACACUUCACCCUCUUCAGGAUGAGGGCUUUUAAGGCAACAGAAGUACAAGCAGAGCAUUCACUCUUCACACCACUUACCACUUAGGCCCCUGUGCUCCACUCCCAGCUGUGUUUCUAAGAAGUCAGCCUCCCUUGGUUAUCGUCUGAUAAUGGCCCCCAAAGCAAGCUCCCUUCCCUCCUGUCCCACCUGUGGGAGCCACUGGCCCCACAUCAGGAUCCAAUACCCAAAGGCCACUGCGGGCCUCACAGGGUGGAUGAUGCCACUUUCCCCACUGGAAAUGGCAGGUGCUGUCCAGGUGCCGAUCCUCUGCCAUUAGGAAGCCCAGCUGCUGCUUGCUGUGGCAGCCAGUCUAGGGAGAUGAGCUUUAUGCCUUUGAGUCAUAAUGGCAGGCUGCUGCCCCAGGGGGAGAAGUCUGUGUCCUCAACUGGAUAGGACUGGAACUACUACCCAGGGUGCCUGGCUGCCAAACUUCUGCCCCAUCUUCUUAGCUUUAAUCUUCAUGGUGUGCUGCUGUAGAAGGUGCAUCUUCUAGUUCAUUCUUCCCGGGCACAUUUCAUUAAAGUAGUUUUGCUUCUAGCCACUCGAAUUGGAAGUCUAGGGCUGAUGUACAGUCUGAGCUUGGAGAAUUGUGCAAGCUAGAUCUCUACAGAUGCAUUAUGUUCUGCUUCCUCAAUAAACAUGAGCAGCAAUUUCAACCA